GCCUGGGAGAUCGCGAAGGCUCCGCACCUGGGCGAGUUCCGAAAGGGAUCGUCGGGGCGAGGAAGGGGAGCGGGCCCAGGAGGGCUCUGGCCCCAGCAACCUGGGCAACCAGGGCAACCCGCCUGCUGUUCAGAUAACUCCGGCAUUGCAGGCCUUGCCACGACCCAGUCCAAAGCUCGAGCUGAAUGAGGCCUUAUGGCAAGUACGGGAGUCCGCCAUUGACAAGCAACGCGAAGCUGACGCAAUGAUGACUAUGCGGCCAGUAACUCCUCAGGAGCAGCUGCUGAGUUUGUUAUCUCCUACGAAAAAAGUCGCGGAGCCUAAGUCAAAAUCGGAGGAUGGAAGCCCAUCAAGCCCAUCUAGCCCUACUUCGCCUACGGGUGUCUCAAGAGGCUUCAGCAGGACCUGGGCUGGCCGAGGCUUUCACGCCCGUCGCUUACAGGCAACGGCCUCAAGCGCCUCACUCUCGGAGCCUGCAGCGGCACCAGCGCCAUUGAAAACAAUCCGCCAGCUUGAGGACGGUGAGAAGAUUUUCGACCUCUACUAUUGGGAGAAAGUCCUACAGCAAGAGGGCGACGGCGGUAAGGUGGUGGUUUGCCGGCCAAAGGCCCAGCAGGAUGAGAAUUUUAAUUUUGUGAUGAAAAUCAAAAGCAAAGAAUCUCUUCGCGAAGACUUACACGAAGAAGAGUUCGUGCGAGCACAGACAAGGCUCCUGAAUUUUCCGCCGCAUCCAGGCGUCAUACGCCUCAGGGAGGUUUUAGAGGAUGAGACUUUCUACUAUGUUGUCAUGGAGUACAAAGAUGGAAACAUGCCGCCCUUCGCGGUUUCCAACGUUGCAAGAGACAUCUUGGCGACGCUGUGCCAUCUUCAUAAAGAAGGAAUUCUUCAUAGAGACAUCAAACCUGACAACUUGGUCAUGCACAUGCAGGAUGACCCGUCCACUGGCAACAAGAUGCAGAAGGUAGCCCUCAUCGACUUCGAUCAUGCAGAUGCGGAGUUCAAUCCGCAAACUGCAAAGAAUCUUGCCAGGCAUUGCUACGGCACGGCUCGGUUCAAUGCACCAGAGGCUUUCUUAGGCAUGUAUUCUGCUGCCACCGACUUGUACAGUGUUGGCGUAAUAGUUUAUUUGUUGCUCACUGGAACUAUGCCUUACCCUGCUGACUUCUUUGAGUUUCCAGACCAGAGUCCGAAGUCACCGGCUGCAAAUCGGCGCUGGAUGGAAAACGUUGUCAUGGAGAUGCAAAACCAUUCCGUCGACUGGAGCCACGGGACCUUCACAGAGAUUCCCCAUAGUAAAGACUUUUGCCAGCGGCUUCUGGCAUUCGACACGGCAGAGCGCUUUGGCUCUGCUACAGAGGCGAUGCAGCAUCCCUGGCUGAAAUGA